CGGUCCCUGGAAACAGUUCCGGGAAACCCCGCGUGUUGCCGGGGUCGCAGCGCCGUCCAUGAGGAGAAGGAGGAGCGCGCGCCAUUUGCCGUCGCUGCUUGGGCCCGAGCUGCGCCGAGCGGGGCCUGCUCCGCAUAAUAAAAUGGCUAAUCAGGUGAAUGGUAAUGCGGUACAGUUAAAAGAAGAGGAAGAACCAAUGGAUACUUCCAGUGUAACUCACACAGAACACUACAAGACACUGAUAGAGGCAGGCCUCCCACAGAAGGUGGCAGAGAGACUUGAUGAAAUAUUUCAGACAGGGUUGGUAGCUUAUGUCGAUCUUGAUGAAAGAGCAAUUGAUGCUCUUAGGGAAUUUAAUGAAGAAGGAGCCCUCUCUGUAUUACAGCAGUUUAAAGAAAGUGACCUGUCGCAUGUACAGAACAAAAGUGCAUUUUUAUGUGGAGUUAUGAAGACCUACAGGCAAAGAGAGAAACAAGGCAGCAAAGUACAGGAAUCAACAAAGGGACCAGAUGAAGCAAAGAUCAAGGCUUUGCUAGAGAGGACUGGUUACACUUUGGAUGUAACUACAGGACAGAGAAAAUAUGGGGGCCCUCCUCCAGAUACUGUGUAUUCUGGUGUUCAGCCUGGUAUUGGAACAGAGGUUUUUGUUGGUAAGAUUCCCCGGGACUUGUAUGAAGAUGAAUUGGUGCCACUCUUUGAGAAAGCUGGUGCAAUUUGGGAUCUUCGCCUCAUGAUGGAUCCUCUUUCUGGUCAAAACAGAGGUUAUGCUUUCAUUACCUUUUGUAGCAAAGAUGCAGCUCAGGAAGCAGUCAAACUGUGUGACAACUACGAAAUCCGUCCUGGGAAGCACCUUGGAGUAUGCAUCUCUGUGGCAAACAACAGAUUAUUUGUUGGGUCAAUUCCAAAGAACAAGACAAAGGAAAACAUAUUGGAAGAGUUUAAUAAAGUCACAGAGGGUUUGGUGGAUGUAAUCUUAUAUCAUCAACCUGAUGAUAAAAAGAAGAAUCGAGGAUUUUGUUUCUUGGAAUAUGAAGAUCACAAGUCAGCAGCACAAGCUCGACGUCGCUUAAUGAGUGGCAAAGUGAAAGUCUGGGGAAAUGUUGUUACAGUUGAAUGGGCUGAUCCAGUAGAGGAACCUGAUCCAGAAGUCAUGGCAAAGGUGAAAGUUUUAUUUGUAAGAAACUUGGCCACUACUGUGACAGAAGAAAUUCUUGAGAAAUCCUUCUCUGAAUUUGGAAAGCUGGAAAGAGUUAAGAAACUAAAGGAUUAUGCUUUUGUUCAUUUUGAGGACAGAGGUGCAGCAGUGAAGGCUAUGAAUGAAAUGAAUGGAAAAGAGAUAGAAGGGGAAGAAAUUGAAAUAGUGUUAGCAAAGCCACCGGAUAAGAAAAGGAAAGAACGUCAGGCUGCCAGGCAGGCCUCCAGAAGUACUGCGUAUGAAGACUAUUAUUACUACCCUCCGCCUCGCAUGCCACCUCCUAUUAGAGGCAGAGGCCGUGGAGGGAGAGGUGGAUAUGGAUAUCCCCCUGACUAUUACGGAUAUGAAGAUUAUUACGAUUAUUAUGGCUAUGACUACCAUAACUAUCGUGGUGGAUAUGAAGAUCCUUACUAUGGUUAUGAAGAUGGCUAUGCUAUAAGAGGAAGAGGAGGAGGAGGAAGGGGUGGGAGAGGUGCACCUCCACCACCUAGGGGGCGGGGAGCACCACCACCAAGAGGUAGAGCUGGCUAUUCACAGAGGGGGGCACCCAUGGGACCGCCAAGAGGAGCCAGGGGUGGGAGAGGGGGUCCUGCACAGCAGCAGAGAGGACGCGGUGCUCGUGGAGCCAGGGGCAACCGUGGGGGCAACGUAGGAGGCAAGAGAAAGGCAGAUGGGUACAACCAGCCAGAUUCCAAGCGGCGCCAGACCAAUAACCAGCAGAACUGGGGCUCCCAACCCAUCGCUCAGCAGCCGCUCCAGCAAGGUGGUGACUAUGCCGGUAACUAUGGUUACAAUAAUGACAACCAGGAAUUUUAUCAGGAUACUUAUGGGCAACAGUGGAAGUAGACAAGUGAGGAGGGAUCGAGAAUUUUGGAAACAUAGAAUUGGCUAUAGCUCUACAUACUACAAAACAAAAUUGGCUUAAUGUUUCAUCCUUCAGUAGCGAUUGGCUACCAUUUGUAUUGGGCUGAAGAAUCACUCUAUUGUGUAUAUACUCGAGUCUCUUAGUUUUCUUUUUUUUUUUCUUUUUUUUCUUUUUUUGUUUUUUUGUUUUUUUCAUAAAUGCACUUGGACAUUACUGGGCUUGCAGAAUUCCUGAACUCCUUCUGGGGUUUCAAUGCUUUUAUUAUUUUAGGCUUCAUUUUAGCAGUUUAAAAGCAGGAAUGGCACACUGUUCAAUCAUGAUUUUGCAGAACCUCUGGUUUUUGGACAGUUCUUUUUUUUGGAUUUGGGAUAGACUACAUAGGAGUAUGCUGUACAUAAAAGUAAAAGCUAGUGCUUUGUCUUAGUAGUUUUAAGAAAUUACAACAAAUUAAGUUUUCUUGUAUUGAAAAUAACAUGAUUGUAUGUUUUGCAUUCCUAGAAGUAGGUUAACUGUGUUUUUAAAUUGUUAUAACUUCACACCUUUUUGAAAAUCUGCCCUACAAAAUUUGUUUGGCUUCAAACGUCAAAGCCGUGGCAAUUUGUUCCUUGAUGUGAUUGUAUUUCCAAUUUCUUGUUCAUGUAAGAUUUCAAUAAAACUCAAAAAUCUAUUCAAAACAUUACCUAUUUCAAAUUCAAUUGUGUCCUAAAACAUUAUUUCAUUGGUAAUUCUUGCGAAAAACAUUGCUUUCAAAGUAUAACUGCCUAUGUGAGUGAUCAAAUUCAUGCAAAAUUUCUCGUGCUUUCCAACAUGUAGCACUGUGGACAUCAGACUGAAAACUAGGAGAAAUUACCAAUAGCCUGAAGGGCACCCUUCGUUUAAUUGCUGUUCAGUAACUUACCAGCAUCUAAUUCUGCAGCUUUUUAUUUUGUUUUGUUUUAAGUGUUGAACUGUACCCAAACAUUCCUGGAAAUCUGAUUCAAACGUAAUUCUCUAAUGUGGAGAAGGAAGCAGAGCCUACAAUGGUGUUAAUUUUGUUCCUUUUUGUUAUGUACUGUCAAGUCCCUCUAGAGGCUCUUAUGUUAGGAUCCAACCAUAUUGUAUUCAGUGUACAAACACACACAAAUGGUUUCGAUCUCGAUCAUCUCUAUUGAAUUAAAGAUAAUAUUUGAGUAGGGAUGAGAAUUGAUAAAUCAGGUGCUGUGGCACAACAAACUUUUUGCUACAGAUAACACAAACAUACUCUCCAUGUUCUCCAUAAUUCUAUCUUGACGUUUUAAUUUGAUGUUCUGCCAUGAUGAACAAUUUGCCUUAGAAUUUUCAUGCCUUGUAAUAAAGGCUGUUUCAAAAUUACAUCUUAUCCUUUGGGGAGAUUCCUAGCUAUGUUAUUGGGGUAUUAUGUGUUGCUUUUAUUGACCCUUGUCUUGGACGUUCCCAGAUGUCAAUUUUAACUGGCAAGUCAUGACAUUCUUCCGUUGCAUCUGAGCCAUUUCUGUACCCCAGUGAAGAAUAUUAGCUUCUCAAGAAAGAGAAACAAAAGGAUUUAAUCUUUCUCUAAAGAAAACUAUUGCCGGACCUCUAAACAUCCAAAUCAGAUAUGUUGCUCAUACUCGAUUACAGCAUUAUAAACAGACUAUUGGGCAAGUUAAGCUUCAGUGGUCAUACUCCUCCCUUUGUCUUCUAUUCCUGUCUGGUGUCUUUGAAUUGUAUUUGGUCAGAAUGUUAACAGAAGGAUGAGCCUUCCCACGCUUUAUUUGUUGUGGGACUGGUAUGUAAUUGCAUGGUUUGACUUGAGUUUUAAUUGAAGCGAGGAUGUAUGUCUGGUUCGCAAAUAUGGGUUUGCCCCUUUGUCAGGCUCUCCCUUUCAAAUUAAUGUAAUUGGUUGUUAAUAUAAAAAAAAUGUUUUCCUAAGUUAGUAUUUCAGUAUGUUAAAGCCUUCUUUUUUUU